GUAUAGUGAUCGGGUUCGAUGUUCCUCAUAUUUUUAUUAAGUUUGAUAACAAGGGUCAUCAUGUUUUCGUCUGCGAGACAUAUAAAUUUUCUUCGACAAACCAUAACAACGUUAUGCAGGAACAACAGUACCCUUGUUAUAGCAGAACAUAAUAACCAGAAACUGAUUCCCUCAACACUGAAUACAAUCACAGCUGCCAUCAGUCUAGGAGAGGUCACCUGUCUGGUUGCAGGCACACAGUGUAAACAGGUUGCCGCCGAAGUGGCCAAAGUGAAAGGGGUUAAGAAAGUGAUUCUAGCUGACAAUGAAGUAUACACAGGAUUCCUCCCAGAGGCCUUGACUCCAUUGUUACUUGCAGCCCAAAACCAAUUUAAAUUUUCUCACAUAGUGGCACCUGCAACAGCUUUUGGAAAGGGCUUAGCUCCAAGACUGGCUGCCAAAUUAGAUGUGUCUCCUAUUUCUGAUAUCAUUGGAAUUAAAGAUAAAGAUACCUUUGUCAGGACAAUAUAUGCAGGAAAUGCCAUUCAGACCUUGAAAUCUAAAGACAAUGUGAAAGUGAUAACAGUGCGAGGGACGGCGUUUGAGGCGGCAGGCCAUGAGGGAGGAGAUGGUACAGUAGAAGAUGCACCCUCAUGUGAUGUGAAGAAUGACCUCAGCCAGUUCAUAGGUCAGGAAUUAAGUAAGAGUGACCGACCUGAAUUGACAAGUGCAAGCACGGUCAUAUCAGGAGGUCGUGGGAUGAAAAAUGGAGAUAAUUUCAAGCUUUUGUAUGACCUUGCUGAUAAGAUGGGAGCUGCCGUGGGAGCCUCACGUGCGGCAGUAGAUGCUGGAUUUGUUCCCAAUGACAUGCAAGUCGGCCAGACUGGGAAGAUUGUGGCCCCAGACCUGUACAUAGCAGUUGGUAUCUCUGGAGCUAUACAACACUUAGCAGGAAUGAAGGAUAGCAAAGUGAUAGUAGCUAUCAAUAAGGACCCUGAGGCUCCCAUCUUCCAGGUGGCUGAUUAUGGCAUCGUACAGGAUCUGUUUAAGGCGGUUCCAGAGAUGACUGAUCUUGUGGACAAGAAUUGAAACACGAUAUAAUUCCCUGAUUAAUGACUGUGAUGAAUAUGUACCUGAUCAAAUAAACAGGAAGCAUGCAGAC